AAGGAAGGAGGGCCUUAUGGUGUUCCUUUCCAGCUCACUCAUUUUACAGGUGGGGAAAGCAAGUCUCAACUAGUCCGGAGUGUUUGGUGGGGAGAUUCUUUUAAGGCUUAGUCCCCAUUUCCAAGUUUUUUAUGGGUCCUGGACUUUGCCACUACUAAGAGAUAAGGGGAACUAUCGGUGCCUGGGUACUCACACUCUGCCUGCCUCCUUACCCAGGGCCCGAGCCCUUAUCACAGAGCGGAGGGACACCACCAGGAUCGUACUUUUUUAACCCAGUGGCAUCAGUGGGCUGAAGGCAGACAUGAGAGGGUGUGGCUGUGAUAAUUGCACUUUGCUGAGCUUAAGUUUUAGAGGAAUUUCUCAUCCAUCCCUUACCAUCUCCCAAAAGUAGGUGCCGUUGUUUCUUUUUUCAUUUCCACAGAGGAGAGGGUGGUCCACAGAGGUUGUUUGCUCAAGGCGAUGGAAUGGGUAGAGCUGACCCCACAGAUCUCCCUCCAAACCUCUUGCUCUCUGUCAAGAAUUUACUCCUUCCUGGGCCCUUUACUCAAUCCUCCCUUUUCUAGUGAGCAGCCGUGUCACUGAUGUUGAAGUCUGUAGAGAUUUAAGGCUGGGAGGAUGCUGGGGCUGGGAGGCGUGGCUUGGUCUCUGCCAGCAGGUGUGCUUCUGUUCCAGGCAUGUGGUGGCUGGCAGCUUGCCAGCUGGCCCUGGGCCUGCUCAGCAGUGAGUAGGAGGGAGCAGGUAGGCUGAAGUAGCAGUCCAAGUGCCUGGCCCUGCAGGGAUACCCUGCCAGUGGCUCCCUGCCCUGGCCACAUUACCUUGUGUUCUGUAUGUCUACCUUCCCUGUCCUCUUUUCUUGCUUGUCCCAAGAAAGGCAGUGUAACAUGGGUACUUAAGAAUAUGGGUUCUUUCUCUAAUACUUUGAAUCUUGCUUGGGCAAGUCUUGGUGUCCUUACCUGGAUGAGAGAGAUAAAGACAAGAGACUAUGAUAAGAUGAUGUGCCCUGCCCUGAGCCUAAUGUAUAGUAUGGUGGAUGAGGCGAGUGUCCGGCAUGGAGGGGAGCAUGUGGCAGCUGUGCUGAGGGCCCAUGGUGUACGGUUCCUUUUCACACUGGUUGGUGGGCACAUUUCCCCACUGCUGGUGGCCUGUGAGAAGCUAGGCAUCCGUGUGGUGGACACACGCCAUGAGGUCACUGCUGUCUUUGCUGCUGAUGCUGUGGCUCGCCUGACAGGGACGGUGGGUGUGGCAGCAGUGACGGCGGGGCCUGGCCUCACCAACACAGUGACUGCUGUGAAGAACGCUCAGGUGGCACAGUCUGCAGUCCUGCUUCUGGGAGGGGCUGCCAGUACCUUGCUGCAGAAACGGGGUGCGCUCCAGGCCAUUGAUCAGAUGUCCUUAUUCCGGCCGCUCUGCAAGUUCUGUGCAUCUGUACGGAGGGUGCGGGACAUUACUCCCACUCUGAGGGCUGCAAUGGCUGCUGCCCAGUCGGGCACCCCAGGUCCAGUGUUUGUGGAGCUUCCUGUCGAUGUGCUGUACCCCUACUUCAUGAUCCAGAAGGAGAUGGUGCCAGCCAAGUUGCCCAAGGGCCUCAUGGGUCGAGUGAUCUCCUGGUACUUAAAGAAUUGCCUGGCUAACCUGUUUGUGGGGGCUUGGGAGCCUCAGCCUGAAGGGCCCCUGCCCCUGGACAUCCCCCAGGCAUCCCCCCAACAGGUUCAGCGCUGUGUGGAGAUCCUGAGCCGGGCCAAGAGGCCCCUGUUGGUGCUGGGGAGUCAGGCCCUGCUGCCCCCAGUACCUGCUGACAGGCUUCGGGCUGCUGUGGAGACCCUAGGCGUCCCCUGCUUCCUGGGGGGGAUGGCACGGGGGCUGCUGGGCCGCAACCACCCCCUGCACAUCCGGCAGAACCGCAGUGCUGCCCUGAAGAAAGCAGAUGUUGUCCUCCUGGCAGGAACUGUGUGUGACUUCCGCCUCUCCUAUGGCCGAAUCCUCAGCCGCAAAAGCAAGAUAAUUAUCAUCAAUCGGAACCGGGAUGAUAUGUUGCUCAACUCAGACAUCUUCUGGAAGCCCCAGGAGGCUGUGCAGGGAGAUGUGGCCUCCUUCAUGCUGAAGCUGGUGGAAGGCCUUCAGGGCCAGACAUGGGCUCCAGAGUGGGCAGAAGAGCUGCGGGAAGCGGAUCGACAGAAGGAGCAGACAUAUCGGGAGAAGGCAGUGAUGCCCAUAGCCCAGCACCUGAACCCAGUGCGGGUGUUGCAGCUGGUGGAGGAGACCCUGCCGGACAACUCGUUUCUUGUGGUUGACGGUGGGGACUUUGUAGCCACUGCUGCCUACCUUGUACAGCCCCGUGGCCCCCUGCGCUGGCUUGAUCCUGGGGCCUUUGGGACUCUGGGAGUAGGCGCAGGGUUUGCACUUGGGGCCAAGCUGUGCCAUCCAGAUGCUGAGGUCUGGUGCCUGUUUGGAGAUGGAGCCUUUGGUUAUAGUCUCAUCGAGUUUGACACGUUCGUCAGACACAAGAUUCCAGUGAUGGCCUUGGUAGGGAAUGAUGCUGGCUGGACUCAGAUUUCUCGGGAGCAGGUGCCCAGACUGGGCAGCAAUGUGGCCUGUGGCCUGGCCUACACUGAUUAUCACAAAGCAGCUAUGGGCCUGGGGGCCCGGGGCUUGUUGCUCUCACGGGAGAAUGAAGAUCAUGUAGUGAAGGUGCUUCGUGAUGGCCAGCAGCAGUGCCGGGAUGGCCACCCAGUGGUGAUCAAUAUUCUCAUUGGGAGGACGGACUUCCGUGAUGGCUCCAUUUCUGUAUAGAGCCUUGUGGGUCAGUACACUUAGCUCCCUUCCUACAUCUGGACUCUGCCUGGAUGGUUUGGAGUAUCAUCCUUGCCUGCUCUGGGCUUAUUUCACAAGGUUAAUAACUUCACAAUACUCCCUGAGGAGGGAAUGGAGGGACCAAAGUUCAGGAGGCACCAGGCAGCCCUGGAGAGCUUUGGGCCUUUUUCUAUGGACCCAACUGUGUCUCUCUACCCCACUCUCUUAGGGACUGAAUAAAUCACUUCUGGCCCACGGGGGCCCAAGGACUCAGUUGCAGAACCUGUGCAUAU